UUUCAUCCAUCUGCCACAGUGAGCCCUGUUUCCUUUUCUUGUUCAUUACUGUUAGCUGUGUUUUUUAUCUAGUGACCUGGUAUCAGUGCUUCUUAUAAGAAAAGUUGAAUUUUUAUUUAUUGGACUUGAAAAAUUGCAUUAUUGCACGUGCAGUUGAUAUCACAAGCACACAUUUAUUUUUAUUCUUUCAAAGGCAAAAAAUCUCCCAGUGUUUAAGGUAAAAGUAAAGGAUCUCCCAGUGUUUAAGGUAAAAGUAAAGGAUCUGAGCAGUCCUGAUGGUUUACUGAGGCAUUCUUUAAUUUCAAGAGAGCUGUUCUUUUUUUUAAUUUAUCGAAAUGAUAAACAUGAUUUGCAGUAUAUCUGAACAGAAGUGCAAUCAAGACAUUUUGUUAAGGUGGUUACAUUAGUGCAGCAUGACUGUGGGUACAUACUCUACCUGAGUUCGGUGAUUAGAAAGGAAAAGAGAAGCUUUCACACUUGAUAAAUAAGAAAGUGUUCUGACUGGUUUUCCCUUGUGUUUGCUGAUCAUCUGUCAGCUGAUGUCUGCGGUUAAUCUACUUGAAGAUGAGUACAAACUGAAGCCAAAUCUAUCGCCAUAGCUGAACAAUAGCUGAAGCCUAUCGACAACCAGAGCUGAGAAUCUUUUUGUAAAGUGCUGUACAUGGCAGGGGGAAAUGUUGCUGCCAGCUACUUUAGAGAACUCCUUGUGGGACAUUCGGAUACCAUUCUCAGAGAAAGUUAAGUACUGGGCUUUAGGGAUUUCUGUGUUUCUUUUUCUCAUUGCCAUCUGUAUACUAAUAUGGCAAAUUUAUCGAUACUGGACACAACUGACUGCUUCCAAGCAUACUGUUAAUGGCUCACUAUUAGACAGCCAGUCUGCAAAAAACCAAACAUUUCAAAGCUCACAGAUACCCAACGACCAGCUGUAUUUCCACAAUGAUGAAUUGGAACCCUUAAGUUGCUGCCUGUCCAGCAGCUCUGAUCUGGCCAGCAGUACAGACAGUCUUGGGGAUGUGGAUGAGGAACAGAUUCAGGGCACGCUGCGCUUCUCACUCUUCUAUGAUCAGCUGCAAUCUCGGUUGGUGGUGACUGUGUUGGAGGCAAGAGGCCUGAUGGCACGAACAUUCAGCCAGUGUGUGAACCCCUUUGUCCAUGUACGAGUGAUGUGGGUAGAAGUGGAGGAUGAAGAGCAACAGCUGACUUGUGUGCUUCAGGAGUGGCAGACACGCCCAGUCAAGGACAGCUACAACCCCACAUUUGGAGAUCAGUUCUCCUGCACAGUGAGUGAGGAAGAAGUGCCCAGGGUCACAGUGCGGCUGGAGGUGAGAGAUUUUGAUAAAUACUCUCAACAUGGUAUUCUGGGGGAGGUCCGUGCAUCUCUGAAUGGUCUAAAAAUCUCACAUCCACUGGAAAUGCUGGAAGACCUACAAAGACCAAAGAAAGACAUUGUUGGUGAGGUCCUUCUGUCUCUCAAAUAUAUGCCCACGUCUCAUAGACUGGAGGUGGGAGUCCUGAAGAUAAGGACAGUUUUCCGAUCUAGUAAGACGGAAAGAGUUUUAUAUGCCAGAACCAAAAUUGUGUGUAACCAGUGUAGGAUUAGACAUCAGAGAACCUCUGAGAGGACUCGUUGGGACGUGACCGUGUUCAAUGAGGUCCUGAUCUUCGCACUACCAGAAGCUCAGAUUAGGGAAUGCAUCCUCACUUUGUCUGUCUAUGAGCUCUGUCCCCGAAAGAGGUCUAAGCGCCUAAUUGGUCAGCUAAGCUUUGGGAAGAGUCAAAGCGUGGAGGACGAGCACUGGAAGUUAAUGAUGUGUGCACCUCGACAGCCAGUCGCCAAAUGGCAUUUGCUCUACUUAUAAAUGUAACCACAACAUGGACAUAAAUAUGGACUUGACACAAUGAACAGUAUUGUAUUAUACAAAAUAUUGUAUUAUAUUUCGUAUAAUAUUGUAUUAUACAAAAUAAUUUGUGAACAACAUUAAGAAACCACACCGGUGAAUUAAAGGUUAACUUCCUUAAAACACAUCCUGUGACAUCUCCAGAAAUUUAGGGCAUGGACUGUCCUUGUAGGCCAAGAUGAUGUCGUCCACCUCCCAAUGAGCCAACCUCUGCUUAGACAAAGCAGUAUACCCUAUAGCAGUAUGCUAUAAAUAUACUAACUUUAUAUACUUAAUUAAUAUAUGCUAAAAUAUGUUCU